GUGGCCUACGCUCACUCACUCAUCCAUCAUCUUUUCUUUGAUUAUGAAUAGAAUUUAGUAAAAUGAAAAAUGGGCGAAGUUGUGAUAUAUUCGUAUAUUGUACUUGUUGCAAUCAGAUGAGAGUGUAUUAGAAGUGUCUAAAUAGUGAUAUAUGUUACUAAGUUUUACCCUACAUAUAUUGAAUGAUCUAAGGAUUAGUGUUAUGAUAAGUCAAUAGGUAUUCCUCUAUAUGUUUGUGAUUGUAUUACAUGCCUUGAUUAUGAUUCGUUAACGCUAAUGUGGUAUGGCACUUGUUACAAUUCGACGUUCUCCGAGUGUGCAAACACCUAGGAAAACGGAUGAGACAGAAAAAUCAAAUGAUAACAUUGAAGACGAUGUUGGGGAACGUAUCAGCAAAAGUCUCAAUGAGUGCUACUUCGCAAAUAAAGGUGCUGCAGUGGUGCUGGGCGGGACAGAGCGCGGCUGCACGAACCAGUGGCGAUCGCCGGCGCGCGCGCUUCCUCAGCCUGACAUACAACACCACCUGCAGUCCAUGUUCUACCUGUUGCGUCCCGAGGAAACGCUCAAAAUGGCGGUGAAACUGGAGAGCGCUCACGCAGGCCGCACCAGAUACCUGGUGGUGGUGUGCCGCAGCAACGAGGCGGCGUUGCUUGGCAUCGAUUGCAUCGAGCGCACCUCCGUCGGCCUCGUGCUGCGCGUUCUAGCUGACACUUCUAUUAAGUUGGAUGGCGAUGGAGGAUUCAGUGUUUGUGUGUGCAAUCAGCAACAUAUAUUCAAGCCGGUGUCCGUACAGGCCAUGUGGUCAGCGUUGCAGACUCUCCACCGCGCCAGCGCACAAGCCCGGGAGCUGAACCACUUCGCCGGGGGCACGUCGCACUCGUGGUGUUCCUACUAUGAGAGCCAUGUGGACUCGGACCGCUCUUGUCUGAACGAAUGGCAUGCCAUGGAUUGCAUUGAGUCCCGGCGACCACCUUCCCCUGAUUCGCUAAGGCACAAGCCUCGGGAAAGAGAUGAAACUGAACGUGUUAUUCGAUGUACAUUGAAGGAAAUUAUGAUGAGUGUGGAUCUAGACGAAGUGACUAGCAAAGCCAUCCGAGGCCGGCUCGAAGAGGAACUGGACAUGGACCUCGCAGAAUACAAGUCGUUUAUCGACCAAGAGAUGCUCACCAUACUGGGGCAGAUGGACGCACCUACAGAAAUUUUUGAUCAUGUUUAUCUUGGUUCUGAAUGGAAUGCAAGCAAUCUAGAAGAAUUACAACGCAAUGGGGUUAGACACAUAUUAAAUGUGACAAGAGAGAUUGACAACUUUUUCCCUGGUAUGUUUGACUAUCUUAACAUUAGAGUUUACGACGAUGAGAAGACUGACCUUUUAAAACAUUGGGACAACACAUACAAAUAUAUAAAUAAAGCCAGAAACGAGGGGUCAAAAGUGCUUGUUCACUGCAAAAUGGGUAUUAGUAGAUCGGCAUCUGUUGUGAUUGCCUAUGCCAUGAAGGCAUUUAACUGGAAUUUUGACAAAGCUCUCAGGCACGUUAAAACUAAGCGAAGUUGUAUUAAACCUAAUACAAAUUUUUUAAACCAACUAGAAACAUACCAAGGUAUACUUGAUGCCAUGAAAAAUAAAGAAAAAUUACAGCGCUCUAAAUCUGAAACUAACCUAAAAUCCCCUAAAAAUACAUCCAAAACUGAACACAAAGUAAUGGAUCCAACACCAUUGGUGUUAGCUUUAACAGGGUCAUACAACGGACGGCCGCGGUCGUGGUCGCCCGACACCAAGGUCGCCGCUGAGCUGCUGCCUCCGCCGGUGCCCACUUCAGUUUCUUUGGAAAAUUUAGCUUUCGAAACCAGACAUAUGUUGAUGCCUUAUGCAAACGGUAGUUACAGCGUCUCCCCGAACCAAAUUAUAAGGUUGAAAGAGGAAGGCGCUCCAUCCGUCAAGCAUAUUGUAAAUGAAAUAGAAAAUGCGGCAUCAGGUGAUCGAAAGGAAUUUAGUAAAAGAUACCAAAGAUUAAAUUUUGGUACUCAGAACGAAACUCAAAACAGUAAACCAACCGAGGCAUUGGUUAGUUCGAUAAAUCAAACGGAUAUAGCUAACAAGCCGCCACAAGCGUCUCCGUCGAGGAAUCUAAGUCACAAAUACCCACAAUCGAAUUUCGAAGUUGAUAAAAUUCACACAUGGGACCCGGGGGAAGCUUCGUGGCCUAAAGGCGAAGAAAGUGUUAGGACUGUUAGUACUAGUGAUAAUAUAGUAAAAAGUGACAGUGGAAUUAUAGAUGUGAAAACUAAUAAAGUGACGACGAGUGACGCUCUAGGUAAUUCCGCGGAACGUUCCAGUUUAGAUUGCGAUGAUAGAAGAGCUGGCGACGAUGACGCACCACCACCAAGCAGACAAAGUUCAUGGAGCUCAUUUGACAGUGCGGUUGUUCUCGACCUGUCGCGGCACUCCUCCUGGGGCUCGUACGACACCCGCGCGGCCGCCAAGUCGCUACCCACGCCGCGCGAUGAACCCAAGAGACACAAAGAGCGCGGCGACGAGCGCAAUGUGCGGAAAGAGGACAAGGAGGGAGACAAGCCCUCUGAGUCGCCGCCUCAGAAGCCGACGUCGGAUCUCAGUAUUAUCAGCGAGCACAUCGAAACGCGCGCGGGAGGCAGGCGGGCUGACAACGAACGAAAGUUCAAUGAAACCUGUGCCAUACUGAAAGAGCUAGCCAGCGCCGCCGCCCGCAUGGAGAGUGCGCGUGACCGCGGCGCGUCCACAUGGAGCGGGCGACUGUCAGCGUCCGCGCCCGCCGACACGUGGCUGCGCGCCGGCCUGCGCCGCCGCCGCGCCGCCUGCGCCUCGCACGGCGACCUGCCGCGAGCCGCGCCCGCCGCGCCCACCGCCGCCGCCGCCGCAGCCGCAGCCGCCGCCGGGCUCGUCAGCAACCUCAAGAAGGAGUUCGAAGCGCGUUCCGAAUCCGACACCCGAAGAACCGAAACGAGAACUCGACCGAUCACUGCUGAAGGUCGAGAGAGGCCGCCGGCUUCGCCACCUACGGGUGAAGAUUUGUCAGUAAAAGUUUUAGUAGAUAGAUACGACCGGCCAGGUAGAGCGCGAUGCGAAUCGAAUUGCGAGUCCCGCCGUAGUAAAGCUUCGCACGAACUGGUCUCGAAAAAAUGCAAGCUGACGUCGGAGAGCUCGGCGCUCGAGGGUCGCGCUCGUUCGUCGCUGCGUAACUCGUUUUGCGGCGCUGUGCGCGCAGCUGGCGAGCGUCCGCCGCCCGCGCCCACGGUCGUGUCGCUGGCCCCCAUCGACUACAGCGAAGUGUUGGUAUCUACUGUGAUGUCGAAAGCUCAAACUAAAAACAAUUACAACAUGGUAAGACCCAUCCGUUGACGAGGCUCAACUUGAAUCGGUCGAAUAAUAGAUGUUCAAAUCCUGUAUAUAAUACUAUGUAGAAAUAUUUAUGUUUUUUAUUUAUUAUGAAUUCUUGCCAAACUCGAUAUUUUAUCUUUCUAGAGUUUAUAUACUAUAUUUACAAAAUGAAAUCACAGUGUAUUUGUCUAUCACCUUAAAUUGUAUAAACGGCUGUUUGUGAGUAGAAAUGUUAAAAGGAGAAUAAAUUCAAUACAACU